AUGUUGAAAGCAAUUAAUAUCAAUUAUUUUAAAGUGAGCACUACUUCUAUAUUAAUUCGUACUUUUCAUACCUCGCGACCUACCUUUAGGGUGAUAAUCAGACAACCUUUAAGAACUAAAGAAGCAUUAACAUUUAAACAAAUUAUUCGUGAAUAUACAAAACCUUCAUUUAAAAUUUCAAAAGAUGUGACUAAACAACAAUCUCCAUCACCAUUACCAACAAAUCCUGUUUCUCGACCUCCUGCUGCCACCGAUACAAUUCCAAAAUCAGCACUACAAUCAUCUGCUGAUUGGCAUAUUAUAAAAAAUUUGACAAGGUAUAUAUGGCCAAAGGAUAAUUUAUCUAUUAAAAUCCGUGUUGUUAUGGCAUUAUCUUUGUUAGUAGGCGGAAAGAUUUUAAAUGUUCAAGUUCCAUUCUUGUUCAAAAAUAUUAUUGAUUCUCUAAAUAUGGAUGCAAGUCAAUUUGGAACAGUUUGGACAGUUGCUGGUGCAAUGAUUAUUGGCUAUGGUUUGGCAAGGGGUUGUGGGACACUUUCUCAGGAACUUCGUAAUGCAAUAUUUGCCAACGUGGCUCAAAAGGCAAUUAGACAAGUAGCAAAGAAUGUGUUUUAUCAUUUGCAUCGAUUGGAUUUAAAUUUCCAUUUAUCAAGACAAACAGGAGGAUUAAGUAGAGCCAUUGAUCGCGGAACAAAAGGAAUAAGUUUUUUGCUUUCUUCAAUUGUUUUUCACGUUUUGCCGACCGCGUUUGAGAUUUCUGUAGUUUGUGGAAUUUUGUCAUAUAAAUUUGGAACAGACUUUGCAGCAGUUGCAGCUACAGCAAUGGCAACUUAUACUUUUUUUACUAUUAAAACAACCUCAUGGCGGACAAAAUUCAGAAAAGAGGCAAAUAAAGCUGAUAACGAAGCAGCGACAGUAGCAGUUGAUUCAUUGCUCAAUUAUGAGGCCGUCAAAUAUUUUAAUAAUGAAAAUUUUGAAACUGAACAAUAUGACAAAGCUUUACAUAAAUAUGAGAAAGCAUCUUUAAAAAUUGCAACUUCCCUGGCAUUCUUAAACUCUGGGCAAAAUUUUAUAUUUAGUAGUGCUCUUACUGGGAUGAUGUUUUUGGCAGCAAAUGGUAUCAUCGAAGGAACAUUGACUAUUGGUGAAUUAGUAAUGGUUAAUCAACUUCUAUUUCAAUUAUCGUUACCUUUAAAUUUUCUUGGCUCAGUCUACAGAGAAUUAAGACAAAGUUUGAUUGAUAUGGAUGUUAUGUUUAAUUUACAACAAUUGAAUGUGACAAUCAAGGAUUCGCCUCAUUCAAAACCUUUAGUUUUUAAAGGUGGAGAAAUUAGAUUCGAAAAUGUGGUAUUUGGCUAUCAUUCUGACCGUCCAAUUUUUAAGGGAGUGAAUUUUGUAGUACCUUCAGGCAAAAAAAUUGCAAUUGUAGGACCAAGUGGAUCCGGAAAAUCAAGUAUUUUGAGAUUAUUAUUUCGUUUUUAUGAUCCACAAAAUGGCAAUAUUUAUAUAGAUGGACAAAAUAUCAAGGAUAUUAAAUUGGAAAGUUUAAGAUCAAAUAUUGGCGUGGUUCCUCAGCAAUCGCUUUUAGAAAAUAUACGAAGCAUUCUUCGAGGAAGUCAGAAAACAAGUGUAUUUGUUGCACAUAGAUUAAGAACUAUUGUUGACGCAGAUGAAAUUAUUGUAUUAAAAGAUGGCGUAAUAAAGGAACGUGGACCUCAUGAUAAACUUAUUCAAAAAGAAGAUGGAAUUUAUAGAGACAUGUGGUUUACCCAAGAAAAGACAUCAACUAAUUAA